AUGUUUCCCUGGGCCCUACGCCAUCUCCCGGGACCCCACCAGGAACUAUUUAGGCACCAAGAAGCCGUGAGGGGCUUCAUCCACCAGGAGAUCCUCAGACACAAGCUCAUGGUGCCUGACGCCCCCAGGGAUUUCAUCAGCUGCUACCUGGCCCAGAUCACCAAGGCCCAGGAUGAUCCAGUCUCCACAUUCAGCGAGGAGAACCUGAUCCAAGUGGUGACUGACCUGUUUCUGGGAGGCACUGACACCACAGCCACCACCCUGCACUGGGCACUCAUCUACAUGGUCCAGCACGGGGCCAUCCAGGAGCGAGUGCAGCAGGAGCUGGACUCAGUGCUGGGCACUGGCCAGGGAAUCUGCUAUCAGGACCGGGAGCGACUGCCCUACACCCGUGCAGUCCUGCACGAGGUGCAACGGCUCAGCAGUGUGGUGGCCGUGGGCGCCGUGCGCCAGUGUGUGACUUCUACGAGAGUGCAUGGCCACCAUGUGCCCAAGGGCACCAUUGUCUUGCCCAACCUGGCAUCUGUGCUCUAUGACCCCAAGUGCUGGGAGACCCCAAGAGAGUUCAAUCCCAGCCAUUUCCUGGACAGGGAAGGAAAUUUUGUGACCCAUGAGGCCUUUCUGCCAUUCUCUGCAGGGCAUCGGAUGUGCCCAGGAGAUCAGCUGGCUCGAAUGGAGCUCUUCCUGAUGUUUGCCACCCUCCUCAGGACCUUUCGGUUCCAGCUACCAGUGGGGAGCCCAGGACUCCGGCUGGAGUACAUCUUUGGGGGCACCCUGCAGCCCCAGCCCCAGCAGAUCUGUGCAGUGCCCCGCCUGAUACAGGAGGAUCUCUAUGAGGUCGGAUAG